GGGUUUCUGUAAAAUGCGACCCAACUGCUGAGGCGGCGGAACCGGCGCAGAACGGGCGGAGAGCGUUCGAAUAGCCGGCAGAGGGCGGUCCCGGGACCGGCGCUAUGGGACUAAACGUCCGGAUUCUCCUCGUCCUCCUCGCUGCGGUGUCCGGGGAAUUGUCGAGUUCAAAACCUGGCACCUUCACGAUUGACUAUGAGAAGAAUUGUUUCAGUAAGGAUGGUUCGUGCUUCCGGUACAUCUCCGGGAGUAUCCACUACUUCCGAGUUCCUCCCAUCUACUGGAAAGACCGACUGCAGAAAAUGUACAUGGCAGGGCUCAAUGCCAUCCAGAUGUAUGUGGCCUGGAAUUACCAUGAAAUGACACCAGGCGUGUUCGACUUCAGAGAGUCCAGGGACAUUGAACGUUUUCUCCGCCUUGUCCAGGAGAUGGGCCUGCUUGUCAUUCUGCGCCCUGGGCCAUACAUCUGUGCCGAGUGGGACCUGGGUGGCCUCCCAGCCUGGCUCCUGCAAGAUCCAACCAUCAGUUUACGGUCAUCUGACGAAAGGUACCUGGCAGCAGUGGAUCAAUGGUUUGCUGUUCUUCUGCCGAAGGUGAAGCCAUUUCUGUACCAGAACGGGGGGCCCAUCAUCAGUGUGCAGGUGGAGAAUGAAUAUGGCAGCUACUUCACCUGUGAUUACGACUACCUGAGGCACCUCCACAACAUUAUCCGGACUCUCCUGGGCUCCGACAUCCUCCUCUUCACCACUGACGGCAACCGGCCUGCUGAGCUCAGCUGUGGCACGCUGCAGGGCAUGUACGCCACUAUCGACUUCGGCACCAAUGAAGAUGUUACCACUUCCUUUGAAGUCCAGAGACAGUUUGAACCAAGUGGACCAUUGGUGAAUUCGGAGUUUUACGUCGGGUGGCUGGACUACUGGGGAGUGGAACAUUCCGUCGUUCCCACUGCCAACGCUACCAGGAUGUUGCGUCAACUGCUGGAACUUGGAGCCAACGUCAACAUGUACGAGAAGUGCCCAGUGGAUGGGUACAUGUUUGAAGGGGGCACCAACUUUGGAUUCUGGAAUGGGGCUGACUACAACACCAGGUAUCGUCCCAUCACCACCAGCUAUGACUACGAUGCCCCCCUCUCUGAGGCUGGAGACCCUCGUGAAAAGCUACAUGCCAUUCGGGCUGUGAUCAGUGAGUUCCGGGACGUCCCUGUGGGGCCGAUUCCCCCUCCCACCCCGAAGAUCGCCUAUGGCCGAUUGGCCUUAACGAAGGUGGGAUCGGUACUGGAGCUGUUGUCCGUUCUGUCGCCCCGUGGAGCUACCAACUCCACCUACCCUCUUACCUUCGAGGAGAUGGGGCAGUACUUUGGACUGAUGUUGUACCGCACCCUGCUGCCGCGAGCUGUGGAGAAGCCCACACCGCUGAAGGCGCCAUUGAACGCAGUGCAUGACCGAGCCUACGUCCUGGUCAAUGGGGUUUACCAGGGCCUGCUGGAGCGGGACACGGUGCCAGAGUUGGACAUCAUAGGAAGUGAAGGAGAUGUGCUGGACAUCAUGGUCGAGAACAUGGGCCAUGUCAACUUUGGGCCCUGUCUGCUGGACCGCAAGGGGCUGGUCAGGAACCUUUCACUGGCCGACACCGAUCUCACUGGCUGGUCCAUCUUCCCCUUGGCAAUCGACGACGCCAUCGCUGCAGGCUGGAUUCACUCUGCUGCGGAAGUGGCUGCAGGCGAGACCCUGGCCCCGCUGCUGAGCUCACCUUGGCCUCAGGGUCCCACCUUCUUUUCCGGGACCUUCUCUUCCCCAAAUCCUCUGGACACCUACAUUUGGCUGGAAGACUGGAACAAGGGCCUGGUCUGGAUCAAUGGCUUCAAUGUGGGACGGUACUGGACCACGCGAGGACCCCAGCAGACGCUCUUUGUACCCAAGAGCUGCCUCAGCGAACACUCCCCAAAUAACGUGACGGUGCUGGAGUUGGAACAACUGCCUGCAAAGCCAGUGGUGGAAUUCCUGGAUCACGUUAUCUGGCUGCCACAGACCUAGGGAGAGGGGACA